UAUAUAGAUUGAGAGCUUCACUUAGGGUUAUCCCCUUGAAAGAGAGAAGAAGAAAAGAAAAGGAUACAAAGCUGGUAAUAGUAACAUAAUGGGUCUUAUGCUUCUAAUCAAGAAGUUCAGUCUUCUUUUCCUCCUUAUUUCAGUACCAUUCUUUUCAACUUCUUUUGCAGGUCGAUCCAAGUUUGUUGAUAAGUUGGCUGACCCAGCAGAUGCAAAUUAUGAGGAAUUAUCAAGCAAUCCUUCUCACAAUGAUGAAGCAACAAUCAUUCAAGAAAGGCUUCUAAGAGCUAACACAAAAGACUAUGGACACUAUGAUCCUGCACCAGCUCUUGUUAGGCCUCCUUUCAAGCUCAUACCAAACUGAAAAAAAGGUGUUACCCAUGAAAGCUCUCUAAGAGUCCAAGCAGCAGUAUAUAUAUAUAUAUAUAUACAUACGAACAUAUAAAUAAAUAAUGAUGAAAGUUUUCUGCCAUAUAUAUAUGUAAUAUAAUAUUAGUCUGUGCUAGCUAGCUAGCAUAUAUAAAUAUAUAUGUUUAUACCAAGUUUUGAACCCUAAAGAUGAUGUUAGAGAAGAGACAUAUGUGGAUGAUAUUUAAGUUUGUUUCAUGAAGUGGGUUAUGUCCUGAUAUAUGUACCUAUGCAUGCAAAAUCAAAUAAAAGAAAAAAGUCUGUUUCUUUUUUUUU